AUGGAUCUUUACGAUGGAGAGCUGGAUUUUAGCGAAAUUGAUGGAGUUUUACGCGAAUCGGUCAGAUCUGAUAAUGAUUAUUCGAUAGCCAGUUCUGCUUCAACAGCCGUAUCAAGAGAAAUCGCCCAUCUUCGGUCAGAAGUCCGGAAAAUCGCGGAAAAUGCGACUCGUUCAAAAGAAAAAGCUCUUCGAGAGAAGAAAAUCGCCCAAAACAACUCGAUCAUCGAAAGAAAAAAGAGCAAAAUCGCCGAAGACAAGGUGAAACAAGUGGCGGAAAUGGCCGAGCAAAUCAAGAGAAUGUCUGAUCAGAAGAUUCGCCAGAGCAAGGAGAGAAUCGACCAGCUCAAGGAAGGGUUUUCGGAUGAUAUUAUCGCGGAAAAUUUCGCAAAACUGGGGACCUUCGAGGAUCAAAGCUCAAAACUGGAACGAUGCAAGAUAAGAAUUUCAAGUCUAGAAGAUACGCUAGAAAGAGUCAAGACCGAAAAAUCAAAAGCACUGGCAGAAUUUCAGCUCGAGCGAGAGCGCCGAAUUCGCGGAGAAAACCGACUCACAGCCGAAAACGACUUCGACCAAGAACUUCAAUCCCGCACCCACGAGCUGGAAUUCGAGCUCAAGGAGAAAAAGAAAGAAAACGCCAACCUGGACCGCCGAUUCACCGAACGAGGAGAGAAGCUCGCCGAAGUGACGGUGAAAAUGAAUGAGUUUUCAAAAGAAAAUAUUCGGCUGAAAAAGAGGCUGGAGAAAAUCAACCAAACGAAUAAGGAAAUGAAUCGCGAAGCUGCUGAGACCGGGGGAGACCUUGAAAAGGCUCUGGACGCCCUGAAGACGCUGAAAUCAGAACUGAAGACGAAAAACGACUUGGUCAAGAAAAAAGAUCAUCAAAUAGCGGCGCUGGAAUCCGAGCGCGCUGAACUGGUCGAAAAUAUCGACGGAAUCCGGGCGAACGAGAGGAUUCAGAAAGAUUCCAAAAGCGAUGUGGAAAGAAGACUGGUCGUUGCUCUUCAGGACCAUGCGAUAGCGCAAAUCACGAUCAAGGAACUCGAGGAAAAGCUGACGGAAAGAGUGGAGCUGUUCGAAGGGUUGAGGGAGAAGGUUGAGGAGGAUGCGAAGAAAGAGAAUCAGAAUAUGGUUGAAAAUCUUCAGGAGGAAAUAAAAUCAGCCGAAUCUCGAAAGGCCCAACUUCAAGCCGUAAUCGACGGCCAAAAAGAUACGAUUUCCACCAUCGAAGAAGAAAAAACCAAACUCGAACGAGAGUUAAAGACUUAUAAAUCCUCAACAGCUGUUGGAAACAAAGAACUUAUUGAGAAAACUUCCGAGUGCACUCGACUUACUUCUGAAGUCACUGCGUUGGAGAAGAAAAUAAAGGACUUGACGAAGAAGAUUACGAGUUUGGACUCUGAGCGAAAAUCGCUGAAGAAAAUUUCCGAAUCUUUGGCGAAAAAACUCGAUAAAAGUCAACAAGAAAACGACGACCAAAAAGUCAAAACUCUCACUCUUGAGAGACGAAGCGACAGUCUAGUAGACGAAAUCAAAUGUCUGAAAGACGAGAUCCGCGGGAAGGAAAAAGAACUGGAAGAAGAAGUGGCGAAGGUAGAGGGCUAUCGAUCGAAAAUUGGCGAUUUGGAAAUGAAGAUGCAAAAUUUUGACGGUCAAAUUGUCGAUUCUACACAGCGGGUAAAAUCGCUAGAAUUCGAUUUGAAAUGCAAAGAAAAAGAAGCUAUGGAUCUAAAAGAACAGUUAAAUAAUGAAUCAAACAGGUGCGAUGAAAUUAACGCAAAUUUGGAGUCGACUCGUUCAAAAUACCUCGUCAGCGAGCAGAAAAUUACUGAACUAAAGAUUGCGCUCCAAACAGCCGAACUGACUUCAGAAGCGAAGGUCAAUCAAGAUGAGAGGCAGAGAGAGGAGCUCCUGCAACUUAGAAAACUCAACAGAAAAUUGGAUAGAGAAAUUUCUAUGUACAAGGAAAUCCUGACAACGAGCUCAUCAACAGAAGCCAAAAACACAGAGAGACUCGUCGAGCUGCGAAAAAGCCUGAAUGAAUUGACGGAGCAAAAGUUAGAUGCCGAAUCAGAGUUGCAAAAGUUCAUUUCGGAGAAUGAAUCGCUCAGAGGAAAAGUGAAGGAAUUGGAGAAGGAAAGCGUGAAUAUCAAAAAGACGGUAAUGGUGAAUAUGGAAGCGGUUCAAAAUGCGGAACUUGAAAGAACAAGAAUUGAGCUUUCGAAUGAGCGUCAACGCGCAAUGUCCGCCGAAAAACUCAACGAAAUCCUCCAAACGCGUCUCCGGCGACAAGCAACCGCAGAAGCUGAAUCAAACAAAUACUCCAAAGAAAUCAUCGAGCGCCUGGAGUCUGAGCUCUCUCAACGCUCUUCAGACACUCCGACGCUUAGAAGCUCGAAACCAAACUCGGCCAGAAGUGGGAAAAGCGAUACGUUGAGCAUAAACGACGAGAUAUCAAGGACGAUCGAGAAGAUAGACGAAAUGGCGGUUCAUAAUUUGGAACCGGAUUUCGGCGACGUGGAAGAAAUGAAAAAGCAAAUUCAGGCGAUCAAAGAUAAUUUGGAGCAAUCGACUGUUUCGGAAUCGUCAACUCUGCUUCAUGAAGUCAGCCAAUUCAACGUCGAACUAGAGUCCUUUCUGACUGAGGCUGAUCAGUCGCAUUCGGACACACUCCUGAUCGACGAUUUCAAAGCCAAACUGAUCGACAUCGAAUCUCGCCUCAACGCGCUUCCCGAAGACAUCUCAUCUCUGCCAAAUGCUUAG